ACUACUAGCCAAACGACAAUUCGGUGUAUUCUGAUUUGCUUAUGUUUCAUAUUAAUGUUUUAAAGUAGAUAUGAACUUUAGCCCAGUAAAAGUUUUAAAACAUUUGCCUAUGAAUGCCUAGCAGCUGAAAAGUCCGAAUGGCAUAUUCCAUUGUAAACAGUCCUAUCUAUCAAAAUUAAUAUUAAUCUAAAUAUCAAAUAAUAAAAUAAUUUUACUGUUUAAAUGUACAUAAUAUUGUAGUUUUAAGCUACAUCUAAAAUAUUUGAUAGUUGUAAUAUGUUUAUCUAAGUAUUCGGAAUGUUAAUAAGUAUAUGCAAUUUACUAUAGCUUAAAUAUGAGAAAGAAGCAACUAUUAAAUCGCUAUGAUGAUUAAUUAACGUUAUUUAAUAUAAUUCUUGCAAUAAGUACCGUCUGUACCGUCUUUAGUCUGUUGCAAAAUUUCAUUCUCUGCAUAAACGUCAUAAGUCAACAAGUGUCAAUGGUGGAGUUAUCAAUAUUGUCAUGUCACAAUGGCAAGUGAAAUGUCAUUAAAAAACUGAUAAAUAGACUAUAUUUUAAAGUUAUAUUUUUUAUUGUGAAUUCUAAAUUAUACAUUUUUGUACAAAAUGGAAACCAAAGUAGCAGUUGUUACUGGUAGUAAUAAAGGUAUAGGGUUCGAGAUCGUAAAAGGAUUAUGCCAAAAGUUUAAUGGUUCUGUAUAUCUUACUGCUAGAAAUGAAGAACGCGGCAGAAUAGCUGUGCAGAAACUAGAAAAGUUAGGUCUCCGACCUUUAUUUCACACGUUAGAUGUUACAAGCGAAUCUAGCAUAGAGGAAUUUGCUAAAUUUAUUUCUACACGUCAUUCCGGCAUUGAUGUGCUCGUAAACAAUGCCGGUAUUUUAGAUUUUGAUAAACCAGUAACAACCUAUGAAGAAGCUAAGAAGCUUAUGGAUACAAAUUUCUACAGUCUUCUUACAAUUUCUAAAAUACUUUAUCCACUUCUUAAAAACGAUGCUCGAAUUAUUAAUAUGAGCAGUGACUGGGGUCUGUUGUCCAACAUCAGAAGACAGACGUGGUUAGAUAUUCUUGCAAAGGAUGACCUCACCACAGAUGAGAUAUUGCAGUUUGUUGAUGACUUCUUGCAGAAUGUUAGAAAUGGUAAAACGGCAUUUGUUUCUUUUGCUGGCCAUAAUGGUGACUAUAAAGUUUCAAAGGUUGCUCUGUCGGCUCUUACUUUUGUUCAGCAGAAACACUUCAUAAAACAAGGAAAAGAUAUAUCUAUAAAUUGUGUCCACCCUGGCUUUGUUAAAACAGACAUGACAAAAGGAAUGGGCGAUUUCACCCCUGAGCGUGGAGCCAGAGCUCCUCUGUAUCUAGCACUGGAAGCACCACAGUCCCUUAAAGGCACAUUUGUGUGGCAUGAUUGUCAUCAAGUGAACUGGGAUGAUUAGUUAUAAAAAGAAGUUAAUAUUGUUUUAAUUCUGUGAUAGUGUCACAUACACUUAAACUUUAAUAUAUGUUUUUUUAGCAACA